AUGUCUAUUGAAUCGAUUAUCAAAGAUAUGUUAUCUCAACUUCUCGCGGUCAACAGUUCCGCUAUGAGAAAACGAAACCUUUUAUUUUGGGGAGUGUACACCAGGUUACCUGCACAAAUUAAUAGUUGGAAAAUUCCCAGAUCACUGAUAUUGUCAAAUGAACGUCAAACAAGUGGACAAAUUUCAAGAUUUUUACAAAUGUUUGAUGUUCAACAAUAUUUAACUAGUCUUCGAUCGUUAACACUCCUAGAACCAAAAUUAGAGCAGGCAAAACAAAUACUCAGCAGUCCGCUACCAUCAUUAAUAACGUUAAACCUAACGUCAUCGACAAUCGCUUAUAAAGUAACAGGGGAUAUAUGUAAAAUGGUUUUAUGUGGUUUAUUAUCAUUGAAAAAGUGUUCAUUGGUGUUCAACGAUCGAGUUGAUAUUGAUAGUUUGGAUCAAACUCUUGACAAUAUGAAAUACUUUACGUGCAAAAAAGUAACGUGGGAAGAUUUGGUUAAUAAGUUAGCCAAACAUUUGUCACACAUUCAUUAUUUAGACGUCGAAAUAAUUCCGAGUAACAUAUCCGUUGUCCUAACAACGACAGAACAAAGUAUUCCAACAUUAAUACCAAAUUUAUUAUGUUUAAAAUUAUCAAUUACCAAAACAACAUAUGAUGAAAUACAGUUUUUGUUGAAAGGUUUACCUCAUUUGAAACAAUUAACGUUGAAAAAGCGUCCUCACACUUCAAAUGAUGAAAUGACAUUUGUACAAGGAAAUUAUUGGGAAAAACUCUUCUCGUCUCAUUUAUCUGCGCUAACUCAUCUAGAGUUCUAUAUCGAAAUUUGUCAUGAUCAACCAAUGAACGUUGUUAAUCUUAAUGUGUUGCUCUUACCGUUUGAAAAUGAAUACUUUUUGAAACGCGGCUGGCAGUUUAUGCUCUAUUAUGAUUCUAAAGUGUUAUGCCUACAUACUCUCCCAUAUCCAGAAUCAACAUUUUCAACAACAUUAAAUCGAAUACAAUCAACAGUUGGACGAGCACACGGAACACACAAUGAAAUUGUGAAACACUUACAUGUGUAUAAUAUUGGAAAGAAGAGAUUUUAUUAUCCAAAUGUUGAAUCGUUAUAUGUUGAAAACUCAUCCUAUGAUCACAAAUUUUUCUUCUCUGUGAAAAAGUGCCUUAAUUAUCGAAAAUUAAAAUUAUUAAAAUUACACGAAUCCGACGAUGAUGUUCAGAUGAUGGAUUCGACAACACUCUCAAAACUCUUGUAUACAUCUCGGCAAUUACAAACAUUAGAUUUGUCCAUAGUUGAAUUAAUCGAAUUAACCCAGCAGUUUACACAUGUCACACUUUGCAAACGACUGUCUCAACGGAUACAACAUUUGAUUCUUAGCGAUUAUUAUUGUACACCCAAUGAUGUCGAUCUAUUUGUCGAAACGUUCUCGAAAAAUUUAGAAUCACUUGAUAUUAGUGUGAAUACAUUGAGUGAUUGCUGUGAAAUUUUGAAAACUGUUUUAAGACGAAUGAGAAAGUUGAAAAAUUUGUACGUGACAUUUGGACAUGAUGAGAAAAAAAUCGAAUUUAAUUUUGAUACGUGGUUAAGAGAAAAUACAUCGUUGUCAAAUUUUAUCUCUGAUAUUGAUGGCAAAUGUUUAAAUUUAUGGUUAGGCGAUAAAGGCCCGGUUGUCAAAUCGUCUGAUUUCUCAGAAUUUUCUGAUUCUGAAGACUUUUUCUGA